AUGUCACGAACGAGGAUGACCGUCGAGGCGCAGUGCGAAUCCAAGCGCCCGAGGCUCGACGGCGAUGUCGUGGGUAGAUCUAGACCGGAUCGGCAGCGGCCGAAGACGCGUUUGGACGCGUCGCGGCCGAACGCGCCUUUACCUCGACGUCCACGACGGCUGUACAUCAACGACCAUGAUCUCUACCUCGGCGACGAUGAAGGGCCUGCACUCUCUGAGGGUGCAUUUGUGGCUCUCACUGGAAUGAAACGCAAGCGAUGCACGCAUACGCAAACCGAGUUCAUCGAGCCGCCACAGAAACGCGCUCGUAGGAAAUGGACCCCAUCAACGCCGAUGUAUCAACGGCCUCGCCACUUCAGAUUGUUGCCCUAUGUACCGGAUGUCUGUCUCCUUGAGAUCUUCGCAUACCUUGCUCCGGAGGACCUGCUGGCGUGCACACGCGUUUGCAAGCGCUUCAGAGGUCUCUUGCUUACCAAAGAUCUGGCACAAAGCCUUUGGAGUAUGUCUUUGAAGUGUGUCACAGCUGCCCCGCCCCUGCCUAAAGAUGUCUCCGAACCUGUCUGGGCAAAUCUGCUCUUCGGGGAUCCUAUAUGCUACUGUUGUGGUAGUAGGGCCUUACCUAUUACACUUUGGUCUAUGAGACGGAGGCUUUGUCGUAGCUGUGCCGGACAACAACUGGUCGGUGCUGAUAUGAAAGCAGCGCUUCCCGCGAGGUCUAGCCUGACGGCUUUGGAAAUUAUCGAUGCGCUCCCCCAUGUAUACGGUCUGGCGUCAGUUCCCCUCUGUGACAAGAACCAGUUUUCUGCCUUCGUCAAGGAUCAACAACGCAUCAUCGAACAGUACCGUUUCUCCGAGGACGAGUACGACUCGGAUGAUCAUCUGAUUGGCCCCUGCGCGGAGGCACAGCAUGAACUUCUGCGACGCCGCAAAGCCGCUUGUACAAACAGCGAAGAGUUUGAUAGCUUAUGUCAACAAUGGGAUCUCAGAAGACAACGCCAGUACGAAGAUCGACAGCGCGAACUUCAAGAAACCCGUCGCAACGCUAUUGUAUCCCGCUUCACUGCGCUGGGUUGUGAGAAGGAGAUCGAACUGGGCUAUUUCACCUGUCAUCCAGAUUUCCGAGCCAGCACACGACCAUUGACGGAAGAAGCAUGGACCAUCAUGCGUGCGAAACACGAGCCACUGCUCGCGUCACGUAAAGCAGCAAGACUUGAAUCUGAAGCACGCAGACGGCGCGACGAGCGUCUGCACCAUCUCGAGGACGCGUGCAUCCGACAAUGGAAACUGCUGCCACCUCCGGACGUACCCUAUAUGCCAUCUCAUAGGCAUGCGGCAGAGUUUGAGACCGUCGCGGACGCACUGGACGAACGGGAUGCCGAUCUCGACGAAGUCGUUCGAAAGGCUGUGCCAGAGAUAUACGCUACGAUCGCGGAGAAGAAGGCAUAUUUGAGUUCGUUGCUUCCUAAGGGCACAACAGAAGACGCUCUAGAGAGGGCGUCGACGGCGUUCUCGACUUCAUCUGCGUUCAGCCAGUCGUACUUCGGCCCGGAAGUACUCGCCGCCGUCUAUAGCACUAGCAAAUAUCGCGCAAUGCCUCGAGUGGAGUUCAACGUGUCGGCGCGCGAGAUGGUGCUGUAUCUCUUGAAGACUGCUUGCCUUGAGGAGUGCACGACACGGAUGGAGAUGGAUAGGCUCGACCUUCGAUUCGUGUGUAUGCGGUGUAGAGCGGAUCGAAGGUUGGAUGCGGGAACGGGACACGAUGUACAAGGCCGGUUUGCCUUGAGUUGGCGAUUUGCGGUUGAGCACCUCCUGCACACCACUCACUCCGAGAAAACACCCCACAUGCGCUUGGUGGACGUAGACGAACGCGCGUAUAUCACUCAGCACGAAAGUGUUGCGAAUGGGCGCGUGGAAUAUCAUGCGUAUGGGUGCAAGCACUGUAAUGCGCAUGUUGGGAAGGAGAUGUGGAUGACUUGGCCCCAGAUACAUGAGCACUUGCUCGUCGAUCACUCUAUCAAUGCCCCGCGUGUCGAGGUGGACUGGACCGUUCACCCUAGGAUGCGAAGUUUGUUGGCGGUCAAUACUGUCGUACUGCCUAUGGAUGCCUGA